UUUUCGCAUUUAAUUGGAACGUAAAUUGAAAAUUGUGAAUAAUUUGAAGUUCAAUCACCGAAAUAGUUAUUGUUACAACACCAGGGCAUGCAACUCAUGCCUAACGACGCGUUUUCCAUGCACGACAAGUGGUAAAAUCGAUAUCUAUAUGUACGGAAAGUGAAAAUCAAAUUUCGACGCGAGCGACCAAACCACGAGACCACACUAGUUUUUCUGAGCGAUGCAUUCGCUUCACUGGACAUCGCGUAUGAUAUCGCGUGCCCUCCGUAGCAGCUUUUCCACACUCUUGGAGUCUGCCACCGGGGCAGGGGCGGCCAGCAAGGUUGGCGAAGGUGCUCUCAAGUCUGCCACCCCGCGGCCACACUUCGUGUCUGUGGUCUGCGGAUUCGCCAAGGACAACCUGCGGCACAAGUACAAGCCUGGAAAGUAUGGCGAGGACUCCUGGUUCAAGGCAUCAACAGAGCAGGCGGAUGUGAUGGGCGUGGCCGACGGCGUCGGCGGCUGGCGCAGCUACGGCAUCGAUCCGGGCGAGUUCUCCUCCUUCCUGAUGCGCACAUGCGAGCGCCUGGUGCAGUGCAGUCACUUCAACCCGCAACGACCCGUCAACCUGCUGGCGUACAGCUACUGCGAGCUGAUGGAGCAGAAGAAGCCCAUUCUGGGCAGCAGCACUGCCUGCGUGCUAAUCCUCAAUCGGGAGACCAAAACGGUGCACACUGCCAAUAUCGGAGACAGUGGCUUCAUGGUGGUGCGGCAGGGUGAGGUGGUGCACAAGUCUGAGGAGCAACAGCACUACUUCAAUACGCCCUUCCAGCUCUCCCUGCCCCCGCCCGGCCACGGCCCGAACGUACUGAGCGAUAGCCCCGAAUCGGCGGACACCAUGAGUUUCCCCGUGGAGGAUGGCGAUGUUAUACUCAUCGCCACCGAUGGCGUCUUCGACAAUGUGCCGGAGGCCCUGCUGCUGGAUGUGCUGCGCGAUGUGGAGGGCGAACGGGAUUCCGUCAAGCUACAGAUGACGGCCAACACCCUGGCUCUGAUGGCGCGCACGCUGUCCCUCAACAGCGAGUUCCUCUCGCCCUUUGCCCUCAGCGCUCGUCGCAACAAUAUACAGGCGCGCGGAGGCAAGCCCGACGACAUCACCGUCGUCCUGGCCACCGUGGCAAUGUAAAACUCAUAGUCGAGAGAUGUUCCCUUAACGUCAAUGUCCCCCCGCCAGCCCGUCAAUGUCUCCAAAACUUAGUGAUUAAUGUUUAAUCGUAGCCCGUACGUAUUUAGUUAGCUUUUAGGAGUCUGUUUUUAUCGUGGUUCUGUCUAAUGUUUAAGCUUAGUGUUGAGAUAUUUUGAAUUAGACGAGACGAGACGUGAACGAGAACGAACGAUGGCCAUAACGACAUCAACAACAACGACACGAACACUCCCCCCUCCACUUUCAAUUGUUACAUGCCCCAUAUGCCCCCCUCACACUCAUACAUACUAAACUAAAACUAAAAUAACAUUAAACCAAAACUAAGCGUUGCGCAUCCUGGAGAGCGAACCAAACGCUGGAUCUGAACCCUGACGCCCCCAAUCAAAGCGAAUGCAACGCCUUCAUAUGUAUACAUAACCCUCGCUAUAAGUAGUAAAGAAAAACAAACAAAAAACGAUUAUAAUAAAUGCUAAAUUAUCAGCCCGAAAUGAUCUUUGUCGUCAGCGGACGCAGCAAGACGUAGGAGGUGGCGUUCUAAUCAACAAAUAAAUUGCGAAACGAACCCGAAACUGAACCCUGGAGGAGAAGGAGGAAGAGGAAAGGGCGAUGCGACGAGGAGUCGAAGUGCAUUAUUAUAAGUAUGCGAACUAUUUGAACUGAGGAUUAUUACUAUCCAGGCGAAAAAUAGCGACUGUCUUUAACAAAAUUUACUGUCCAAAUGUACUCACUGAUAUUUGCGACCCAAUUAUUCAUUGAAAUCAACAA